UCGAAUAUCAAUUUUUAUGACAUUUUUCGAUAUCAAUAAAUUUUAUUUGUGUUUGCUGAUGCUCGGGAAUCUAGAAAUAAGAUUCCGGUGGAGAAAACAUUACUUAAUCAUUAUCAAAUAGGAGCGAAUUUUGUAAUGUACGUGUAGCAGGCAUCGUUUAACUUCAUUAUGUCGAACUCGAAGGCUAUCAAGACCGGAUUUGUCAUCAAACUCUCUAGCGACACUGUUCAAAAAUUAACUGAAGAAGAUCAUAAAAGGAAGGUCAAUAUCGAGCAGUCCCGUACUCAUUCAUCAGAACAUGUCUCACAACCGGAUAUCGCCGAAAAAGAUAAACAAGAUGUAAGUGUACAACAACCUAAAAAUCCUAAAACUAUUGAAGUUUCUAUGGAAACUGAUAACUUAUCUUCCAAAACGAAUAUACCUUUUGAAACUAGCAAAGAUGCUUCUGCAACUGCUGACAACUUAUCUACCACAAAAAGUGUACCUUCAAAUAAGGAUACCAGUGAAAGUGUUAUAGAAAAAAAUGAAGAUAAAUCGGAUGCCAAAUCAGAAUCAGAAUGGGGUGAUUAUGCCCCGUACAUAACCUACGAUGGCGAAGAAGCAAUCUAUACAGAUCCUUCAUCCCACCAACAGUACACCUGGAACAAGGAGUCUAACUCUUGGGACCCCAAAGCAGAAGUGCCAGGACGUACCUACACCUAUGAAAAUGAUACUCAUGUUUACACUGAAGCUGAUGGAUCAAAAUCCUUUUGGGAUGCUGAGAAGAAAGCAUGGUUACCAAAAGUAGAUGAUGAAUUUUUGGCAUAUUAUCAAAUGUCGUAUGGUUUUGUUGAUAAUGCACCGGCUGAACCAAAACCAGAAAAAGAUGAAAAGAAAAAAACAGAAGCGGGUUUAAAAAGAAAGGCUGAACCUCAAUGGUUUCAGCCAUCAGAAGAAAAAAACACAAAAGUCUACGUUUCAAACUUACCAUUAGAUAUAACAGAAGAAGAAUUUGUCAAUUUUAUGCAGAAGUGUGGUCUUGUUGAACGAGAUCCAAGAACACAAAAAAUGAAAGUUAAAAUGUAUAUGGAUAAAGACCAAAACUGUUUUAAGGGUGAUGCUCUUUGUACUUAUAUAAAAAUUGAGUCAGUUGAUUUAGCAUUGAAACUUCUUGAUGGCUGUGAUUUUAAAGGCAACAAAAUAACAGUUGAAAGAGCACUCUUCCAAAUGAAGGGUGAAUAUAAUCCAGCUCUCAAACCUAAGAAAAAAAAGAAGAAGGAAUUAGAAAAGUUGAAGAAAAUGCAGCAGAAACUCUUCGACUGGAGACCUGAGAAGUUCAUAGGAGAGCGAUCCAAACAUGAGAGAAUUGUAAUAGUAAAGAACCUGUUCAGCCCAUCAGAUUUCGAUAAUGAAGUACAGUUGAUACUUGACUACCAACAGGAUUUGAGGGAGGAAUGCAGUAAGUGCGGUGAGGUUCGGAAGGUUGUAAUGUAUGAUAGGCACCCUGAAGGAGUCGCUCAAAUUACUAUGAAAGAGCCAGAGGAAGCUGAUGCAGUAAUUCAACUCAUAAACGGAAGAUGGUUUGGCAAAAAGCAGAUCACUGCAGAAACUUGGGAUGGGAGGACCAAAUAUAGGAUAGCGGAAACUGAUGCAGCUUUGAAUCAGAGAAUAGAUAAGUGGGAUAAGUUUUUGGAAGGUGGAGAAGAUGGAAAACCAUUGGCAUCAUCAGACACCCCAAAGACAACUGAAGAUUCAGAAACAAAGCAAGACUUAGAAAAAAUUGAUACAGUAACUGUAAAUAAGGGUGGAGAAGAAGGUAUAGCUGUAGUGUCCUCAGGUGCCCCAACAACCACAGAGCAUUCUGAAACAAAGCCAGAUGGAGAGAAAGGGGAUAUGGCUAUAGUUAUUAAGGAUGCUAGUACUGUAAAUGUAACUUGUACAUAAUAUUAUUUAUAAGUUUAAAUAAAACUAUCAUGUUUUUUCUUUAA